GAAUCAUUAGAAACAUUAAUUCGUUUGUCUUAUAACGAUUGGUUGUAUUUCAAUUGGCCUAAUAUAUAAUGUUACUAUGAAACAUUACUUGGUCUAUGAAAAAAAAGGGCAUUACGUCCCGGGAACAGACGAUAUCGAACAAAACACAGAAGUCAUAGACCAAGGAGCUACGACUGUCAGACCACAAACAACUAAGGUAUUAUUCGAAGUACCUAUAAACGAAACAACGACAACUAACGAACGAGAAAAGAAAACAUCUCUCACACACGUAAAGAAAUACCGACCUUUUUCUAUAGAAUAUUACAAUGAAAUACUACAUCAAAAUAUUCCAAAAUCAUCAACAAAACAAACAGAAACACAAGAGAAAGUUAAUAGAUUUAAACUACCAGUAUCAAAUGAUUAUGAUCCAGAAAAUCUUAAUUGGAAUCAAAUUAUUGAUCAGAAAAUACGAAAAAUUAAUUCAAAUAAAGAUAUAAAUGAACAAGAAUUUAUUAAAACAGAAAAUAAAGUGUACACCGAAUCUUUUAUUCAUGAUAAAAAUAAAGAAGAUUAUGUGAAAGAAGAUAUAAAAGAAACUGCUCGUAAAAUAAUCACACAAAGCUUAGUAAAAGCUAUUCCAAUGAGGGAAGAAAUUGCAAAAGAUAUUAAUAAUGAAUUAAAUAUAGAAACUGAUAUACGAAUAAUUAAAACGCAACCAUCUGUUAUGUUGAAAGAAUUAAAACAAGAAAAUGAAUUAAAGGAAAAACUAUUAGAUAAAACUAGUGAAAUUAAUAAAUCUGUAAAAGAGUCUGUCGAUUUAUAUGAAUCGAUUGAUACAAAACUUGGAAUUAACAAUGAUAUUAAGACAGAUGAUGAAAGGAAACUAUUUUUAUUGCAAGAAAUAGAAGAAAGUAUCGAAGAGGGUUUAGUUAAAAAGAAAUCAACGAUAUUUGAAAACAAAACUAAACAAAUAACAAUUAUAGGUAGACAGAUGGAAAAGUUUGCAGCAAGAAAAGUAUUUUGUAUAGCAUCAGAAACCGUAAAGAAUAUUAAAAGAACAGCAGAAUCAAGAUUAUCAAAACCUUUAUUGAAAAUAUUCUUGUUGUAUAUAAUACAUAUAAUGAUAACCUUAACACGAUGUAUGUCAAUGUAUUCAAAAGUAUACAGUAGAUCGAGAAAGGAAGAACUAGAGUCUACAACAAAAUUAACUAAAGAACAUCAAGAAAGUUUUAAAAGAAAAUUAUCAAGCGCUGAUAUAGUCCAAUUGGUGUCUAGAAAACCUAAAGAUUUGACUGAAAGAAUGGAUACUGUUAUUUUAGAAUUUCACACCAAAUUAAAUAUAAAUAAAUCACAAGUCAAACUUCAUGAUAACAGAAGAGCGAAAAGUGUUAGUAGAGUAGAUAAAAUAAAUAAUAACAAUACUUUCGAAUGGAUUAGUGAGUUGGAUAGAGAAGAGAGAGAACAAAUUAAGGAAAAGAUUAAACUUGCUACUUUAGCAGCAGCAAGAAGAGUGUUAGGUAGACGACGUUCUUAUCACAAUUUAACUGACAUCGAAAAUGAAAAAAUAGAUGGAUUAACAUACAUAGCGAUAGUAGAAUCUCACGUAUACACAAACAGAAACGCUAUCUUCAACGAUUAUAUAUCACGCCUAAAGAAACAAGUAAACGAUGUCCUAGAAAUUACAGAUAUAAACGAAACAGUUGCUACAGAUUGUACAGUAGGUAAAUCUUAUAAGUAUUCAAGUAAUCAAAGAGAAUUGAAGGAUGCUUAUGUCAAAAAUACAGAAGAUUCGCUGUCUAAAGAUGCAUCUAUUGAUGAACGUCAAAAAAUAGAAUAUGUAGCUACUGUUACAGUUGAACAUAAGCAAAUACCUAAUAAAAUAAGUAUCGAAGAAGACGAGAAAUAUAUUGAAAUUAAUAAACUAGCACUAAAUGAGACAAUUUUAAAUUCUAAACUAGAAGAAAGUGAAGUGAAACAAAUAACAGGUAAAAUUGAAGACAGGAUCGAAGUAAACGAAACUAAAAACUCGAAGGAGGCAAUAAUACCUAAACCAAUUAUGAAGAAAGUAGAAUUUACAACAAAUAUAAAUGAAGCAACAGUCAAUCAAAUGAAUGAACUAUUUAACAAAGAGCAAAAGGAAUCUGUAGAAAUAACUGAACUCAAGGAAGAUUUGUCUAAAGUAAAUAAAGAGUCAAAAGAACUAAAUAACGUUCAAGCCAGAGGUGUAGAAACAAUAGAAGAAAUAACAACUGCUAUGCAUGAAACAGAAGAAAAUCAAAUAUCGUAUGCGAUUUCAAAUGCAAGUGUCGCAGUUGGAGAAGAAAAUAAAUUUAUUGCCAAAGGAAUCGCACCUACCGUCGAAGAGGUUAGAAAUGAGAUUAUUAAAGUAGAAGUUGCAAAAGAAGCUACAGCAGAUUCUCAUUUUACAGAAGCCGGUACAGUUACAGUAACAGAUAUAAAAGAACAGAUACCAAAAAUCACUGAAGAACAAGAAAAACUUAGCAAAGCACAAAUGUUAAAUAAAGAAUAUAUAAGACAAGAAAAUGAGGUUUAUUUCGAAGUAGAUGUGAAAGAUGGAGAGUCUUACAAAUUGUUGGAAGAAAAAGGUAUUUUAACUACAGAAACAGGAAAAAUAUUUGCUACUAAAAUGGUAAACGAAACUUAUAUUAAUGAAGAACCUAUUGAAAUGCCUCAAACUGAAGUACAAUCUGAGGUAUCAGCUAAAAUUACGACAGAAAAAAGUCACUUAGAGUCAGCUUUAGCUACAAGUCGUGGUAUGCUAUGUGAGUUUUCUACGGAAACUGAAAUAGCAGUUAGUACAGAAGAUGUUAAAAUUGAAAAAGAAGUUGCAAUGACAAAGGCAGAAACGAAUGAAUUAGCCAACGCUCAAAUUGUUGCUAUAGCAACGGCUAGACAAACAAGUGAAGUUUUCGAUGAAGUGCAAAAUGAUGUUGAAAUUACUGAGAUAACAGAAGAAUUGCCAACAACAAAUUUAGUGGAGGAAAAUUUAAGGAAACCUGUCAUAUUUGGCAAAGAUGUAUUAAGACAAAUUAGUGCUGUUUUCAAUACUAUUGAAGAAGAUAUCGAAAAGGAACAUUUACAAGAAGAAAAAGCUGUUGAAGUUAUUGAAGUCAAUGAAUUAGCAACAGCUCACAAACUUAAUUAUGCUCAUAUUGAAGAAAUACAUGCAAUAUCAGAUCAAUUAAAUAUUCAGUCUUCCUAUAGCGAAGAUAAAAAUACUUUUGAAAAUGAAUGUAUGACAGAAGAGCAUGCUUUAUAUGAAGAAGAGAAAAGAGAUUAUUAUUUAUCUCAGCCUGUAUGUACUUCAGUAUGUUAUUAUAUAGAAAUAAACUUAGAAGAAAAAGAAUUUGCAACAACACAAAUAGAACCAGAAGUAUUUGUAAAUGCUUUAACAAUCUGUAUAUCUAUUUCAAGCGAAAUUAAUACGAUUUAUGUUGAAGCGGAAUUCUUACCUGACGAGCGAUUGCCAGAAGAGAAAUCAGAAUUAUCAGAAGAGAAGAAUAACUAUUUUAAUGCUUUAGCAGUCUGUAAUGAAGUAAGUCAAGAUAUUGAGUUACUAUUAGAAGAAAGUAAUGAACUCAUUAUAGAACAAUUGAAAGACGAAUUUCCUUCAACGUCCACAGAAACGUUUGUUUUAGAAAGAACUUUACCAUUAACUACUUCCAUUCUUAGUCAAAUCGACCAAGAACUAUAUGAAGCAAUGAAUUUAGAAAUUGAAGAUUUAAGAAAAGAAGAAGUCAAGGUAUUAAUAGAAAUAAGUAAGCUGACUUUGAUAUUAGCAAUAUGCAUUGCUGCGAUGGAAGAAAUUUAUAAAGAUUUAGAAGAAUGUACACCAUUCACAGUGGAAGAAAUAAAUGAUGAAAUAGGUAAUUUUAUAGAAGAACCAUUAGUAUUAAUUAGAAUUCUUCCAACAUGCGUUUCAAUUUUAGAACAUAUUAAUAUAUCUUAUAAGAACGCUGAAGUUUUAGAAAUUAAACCAUUGCCUGUAGAAAACGCAAGCUCUACAUUAGAAGUAAAACAUUUUAGUACAAUAUUGGCAAUUUGUACGGGUAGAGUUGAAACAAAAAUAACAACAUUAGAUGAAGUUAACUCAUUUAAAAUAGAUGAGAUUUUAGAAUAUAAGGCUUCAGAAUAUUUAGAACCAAAGAUAUUUUCCAAAACAUUGCCAAAAUGCAUAGCAACUGUACUCAUUUUAAAUGUACCCGUUUUUGAAGUAACAGUACGAGAACCAGAAUGUUUUGAGCAUACGACAGCUUCAGAAUCUUUAGAAAAGAAAGACCUCGUAACAGCACAAAUAACAUGCCAAUCUAUUCUCGAACAAGACGAAAUAUCUGUAAAUGAAGUAGAAAAGACUUCUUCAAGUUACGAAGUGAAAGAAAAUUAUGCUAAUUUAAGUUACGAAGAUAUUGAAGUUAAUGCUACUUAUAAUGUUAGUACCGCUAUUGAAAAACAAAUAGAAUCAGUCGAUGUUAAAAUCGAACCUACACAUAAUAAGAAUGUUGCAUCAAUUCAAGAAGUGAAUGUUAAUAAAGAUAACACUUCUGAAAUAGUUAAAAGUCGUAAGAAAAAGAAUAUUAAAGCUGUUUCUCUAAUAAAAGAUAAAGUCGAUACAAAAAAAAUAAAAGUAACGGCAUUUGAAGAAAAUUCUGCUGAUUUUGAAUCAUUCCAUAUUGAUGAAUUAAAAGAAGAUGACUUUAUUAAUGAACAAAUAACAAUUAUUGAAGAACCAAUACAUUUAAUAGAAAAGGAAACCGUAACUAUUGGAAGGAAAAAAGCAAACAUCAAGAGCAAAAAUGAAAAUGUUGCUCAAUGCAGUACUUCCAUCAACAUACAACCAACCAAAAAAUGUAUUAAUAAUGAGGCAAAUGUUAAUAUAUCUAUUCAAAAAGCUAAAGCGAAAAAGAAUGAAAAUUACCAAGAAAUGUCUUAUAACUUAACUUUGACAAAACCUCAAGUUAUGGAUAUACCUAUUUCUGAAACAAAAGAAGAGACUCUAUAUGUAAAAAGAAGGGAAGAUUUAAAACAACAUCAUACAGAAGAGUUUGAAGAAGAAUUUAAUGUCAGUUUAAAUGAAGACGUCGAAUCUGGUGUUGUGAUACGUGAAAUUACUGCUUCUGAUGAAGUUAUUGAAGAUAGCAUCAAUGUGGAGAAUAGUAAUGAAUCAAUAGAUGCAUCCCUUGAAUUUAGGUCACAGUCAAAAACACAAGAUGAAUCUAAAGAUGUUUACGAAACAUCGACAUUGAUGAAGCGAAGAAGUAAAGAAUAUGAUUCUAAACAAAAGUCUGCAGCUCUUACUAUAUUCAGAAAAGAAGUUUUUGAAGAAGAUAUACCUGUUAUUGAAAAAUAUGAUGAAAACAAUAUAAAUAUCAACGUGAUAAAUACAUAUUCAAAUGAUAGAAGUGAAUGUGUUGGUAAAACUGAAAUUAUUUCUCAAUCAUCGGACUUUGAAUCGAAAAAUCUACCUGAAGAUACUGUUAAUAACAAAAGAGUUAGUAAGAGUAUAUCAACAAAAUCAAAUGCUUUAGCACUUAAUGUAGGAUUCAAGAAAGACAAACGUCAAGAAGUUGGUGGACAUAGGCAUACGGAUUUAGAAAUAAAUGCUUCUAAAUCUCAAAUAAAUACAAUUGAAGGUAGUUUUGAAAAAUCAGUAAAAACAAGUUCAAUUUCACAAGAAAGUACAACAUUGGUUUCCCAAGAAUAUGAUUCUACAAUUGUUAAUAACAAAUCAAAAUCACUUUCUCUAAAAACAAAUCUAAAACGAGAAGAAAUUGAAGGAUCUCAAAUUGAGGAAACAAGCGAAAGCUCACCAGAAAUUGAAUCUCCCACUGAACCUCCAACACCAUUAACAGACGAGUACAUAUUUAGACUUGUAGCACCAUUACCUAAGAGUCGAGGAACUACACCAGUUCCGAGAGAACCAAGCCCUGAAAUAAUAGAUAAAGAUCAGAGUAUACUUAACAAAAAUCUUGUACCAAAUAUAGAUUCGGUGGCAAUCGAAAGGGUAGUUUACAAUCCACCUCUACCUACCCCACUUACAAGCCCUGUACACUCUCCUACUUAUACUAAACCAGGUUUAAACGGCGGUAUGAAGCGACUGCCAAGAUAUUUUAAGCCAGGCUUGAGAGGUGGAUCAGACAGACCUCCAAUAUCCAAGGAGGAAAUAUUAGAAGUACGGAAAAAUUUAUCAACUCUCACUACAGAUAUAAAUGAAACCCUAAAAAACAUUGAGAAAUAUAAGAAAUUGGUUGAAAUAUUAAAACAACAAAAAGCCGAAGGAGAAAGUUCUACAAUGAUGGAAGUAGACGACACAACGAACAAACAGACAAAACCCGAAGAAGUUGAAGAUGCGAAAGAUGCUAAAGAAAACGAAACAUCAGAACAGAUUAUAACAGAAAAACCCAUAAACGAAAAACCCCCAGAAUCAAAUGUACAAACGAAUUCUCAAACCGAUGAAUUUGUUGAAAUCAAAUUAAAUAAUAAUAAAACGGAUACUAUGAACAUAGACAUCAAACAUGACUUUGUAAAUAGAAUUGAAGAAGCAAGAAUUAAAAGUUAUGAUAUCAAAGAAGUGACAUCUUUCGAGGAAAUCGAGAAAGAAUAUGAUAACACUGGAAUAGUAGAAUUAGCACCAGAUAUAGCCGGCGAGGAGUCUAUUGAAAAAGAAUUUAACAUAAUUACAGAAGAUUCAGAAUCUGAAAAGCCUAUAGUAUUGAUUAAAAUAGAAAGAGAUAAGGAAAAAGAAAAAUCUGAAGACAAAGUUGAUGUAACUUCUGAUGAAGAACAAAAAGAAAUUGACGAAGAAGUUGCGAGAUUAAAUACAGAUCUUAAUACAUCUAAAGAAAUAAGUCCUAUAGAGUCAAGUCCUAGUGAAGCAGAUACAAUCAAAGAAGCUCAUAUAAUAAGUCUUACUAGAGUUCUAUCAUCACAUAUGCUUCGUGAAGGAUUAAGUCCGGAUUGUCAAAAGAUGAAAGAUAAAUUCGAAAACGAAAAGAAUCUACCAGAAGAAAAGAUAAAAGACGAAGAUAGAUCAUGGACGACAUUCUUACAGAAAUCGAAUAAUUUACCAACACAAAAAUUAGGACAUUUUGCGGAUUUACAGAAUAAAUUUGAGAAGCAAGAACUAUUUACUACUAAAGUAACAGAUCGGAACGAAGUAAGAUUAUCUCCAGUAACUAAACCAAAGGAUUUCAACUCAAGUCCGGUACCUUGGCAAGAAAGAGCAUUAGCUGAUAGUUUAGGUGCAUCUAAUAUAAAAGUUGAAGAAUUAACACCAGGAGAUGAACCACAAUUCUUUCUUGCUAUACCAACAGAAUUUAAGGAUGACGGCGUUUUAAAAUCUACAGUUAUUCCUCUACCAAAUCCAAAACAAGAUAUACCAAAUGUUGAUAUAAAUGAAAAACUAAAUGAAGAAAGAAAAUCAGAACAUACUGUAGAUCAAAUAAUACAAGAAGCUUUGAUAAAAGUGGACAGUUUAAAUAUUGGAGCUGGUAAAAAUAGAUUGAUACAACUUUUAUUGAAUAAUAUAAAAAAUAUAACAGAUUCCGACAUCCCUGUUGAAGAUAAAUUAAACCAGAUGAAAAAACAAUUAGAUACGUUAGAACAAGUUCCAGAUAUUAUCAAAGAAACAUUGGAAAAUGUAGCGGGAAAACUGCAUCUUAUAAAUCAGAAAAAAGAAGAAACAUUGCAUACAACCGAAGAUAAAUAUCAAAAAGAAGAAUUAGAACCAAAAGUGAUCACAGCCGUGGAAGCAAGUAAAGAAGAACCACAGAUUAUAAAAGAAAAGGCAAAAGAAACAAAGGUUGCCAAAAUGUCGGCAGAGACAAAAGGAGAAUUAUUGGUCAAAGAUAAAAAGCUUUUUGAACCACAAAUGACCCAUAAAAAUAGACCACAACAAAAGUUUGGAUGGAUGAAACCUGAACCACGACCUAUAAAACUAUUUGGCGGUAGACGAUGGAAGCGACCUGGUGAAGAAUAUACUGAGGAACAAAUAGCGGAGACAAUUAUAGCACAUUCUGAAUUAAUUCAAGGGAAAACUAUGGGGAUAAACUUCAUGAAGUACGAAAAACCUCCUAUACCCCUCGACCACCUGCAGCAUUCCGAGGUGUUCAAAAUGAUACACAACACGGAGCAAACGCCGCAAAAGCCUGUUGAAUUACUCCGCACAGUUAUUGCUGAGGCUGAUUACAGAGAGCUUGAAGUUUUAGUUGAUUUUGGUCCAAAGUUGGAUCAAAAUGUACUUGAUAAGACAUUGAAUAUGUUGAAAUCACAGGAUGGAGUACAAGAGGCAGUAUACAAAGAUGGCGCGAUAAUGGUGGAAACAAUAUUACCCAGUACUCAAAUAUUAGACAUAGUGACACAAACUUGCGGAAAAAGAGCCGUCUUACAAGGAUUUGGAGAUACCCAAUCAGCAGUAUCCAUGGUGUCCAGUCAGUCAUGCUGUGGUACCAAUGUAUUAGGUGUGAUCAGGUUCCAACAGACUCGGGAAGGUUCUCUCAUAGCUGAUGGUUGUAUAGACGGACUGACACCUGGAUUUCACGGCUUGCAUGUACAUGAAGUUGGGGAUUUGAGUCAGGGUUGCAAAUCGAUCGGUGAACAUUAUAACCCUUUGAGUGCUACACACGGGGCACCAAAUGACCCUGAACACAAACGACACGCCGGUGAUUUGGGCAAUAUUGUCGCUGACGAAACUGGUCGUGCUACUUUCAGGAUUGUAGAUAAUGUUCUUAAGGUUUGGGACAUAAUAGGCAGGUCAGUGGCUGUCACUGAACGUGGAGAUGACUUCGGCAAAGGAACAUCUCCUGAGUCCAGGAUAGAUGGUGACAGCGGGAGUCCUGUAGCUUGCGGUAUAAUAGCCCGAUCAGCAGGAGUGUUCCAAAAUCCAAAACGCAUCUGUGCGUGUGACGGUGUUGUUGUAUGGGACGAAAAAGAUCGCCCUCUAGCUGGUAAAGGGAGAAGAGAAGAGACUAAAGAGCAGAGAUGUUGCAAGAAAGAGACACAUAACGAUGUAGUAAAACCUUGUUGUAGAGUUUAAAAGAAUUGUAACUUGUAUAU